CACUGGAACUGCAUUUUCCCCCGCGCCAUUCGAUUGCCUUUCCAAUAAAAGCCAACGACAAUAACCUUGAGGGAAUUGAUCCGUCUCACUCUAUUAAUCUGGUUUUUCUAUCAUCUCUGCUAUACUUGAACCGCGCAAACUGUUCAAUAUGUCUACCACCGUCCAUGUCAAGGGGAUUUCCCACGAGACAAGCGAAAAGGAAGUCAAGGACUUUUUCAGCUUCUGCGGCAAGAUCAGCAACAUCUCAGUUACUCCGGAAUCGGGGGCAACGGAUUCAGCCAAAUCGGCCACUGUGACCUUUGAGAAAGAGACCGCUGCGAAGACCGCUCUCUUGCUCGAUAACACUCAGCUCGGCAAAUCUCAAGUUCACGUCACCUCAGCAAGCAACAUCGACGACGUUGCCUCCAAGGCAGGCGCAGAUGUCACCUCAUCGACCCCCGAUGAUCACAUCUCACAAGAAGACAAGCCUCGCUCAAGGAUUGUGGCAGAAUACCUCGCCCAUGGAUACACCCUCUCUGACACCGUCAUCACCAAAGCCAUUGGACUCGAUCAAAAGCAUGGCAUCAGCACCAAGUUCACCGCAGCCCUACAAAAUUUUGAUACCAAAUAUAAAGCGACAGACAAAGCCAAAGCUGUUGAUACGAAGCUUGGUGUGUCAGACAAGGCAUGGGGAGCCUGGGGUGGUCUGAAUUCAUACUUUGAAAAGGCCAUGGGAACACCCACUGGCCAAAAGGUCCGAGACUUCUACAUUCAGGGCGAGAAGCAAGUGACAGAUGUACACAACGAGGCGCGCAGACUUGCAAAUCUGAAAAGUGGCAACCAAAACACUCCUGAAGCCGUUCCUGGUACUGAGAAGACAGUUUGCUCCUGUGGUGGAGCUGAGGGGGUGUGUGGUUGUGCUCCAGGAAAGUGCAGUUGCGCAAGCUGUGCAAAGAGUGACAACACCAAACCCACGCAGCCUGAACCUGUCAAAGGAACUGACAAGACUGUCUGCACAUGUGGCGGGUCAGAAGGAGUUUGUGCAUGUCCCGCUGGACAUUGUGCUUGUGCCAACUGUGCAAAGUCAACCGCUGCUGCAACAACCGAAGCAAAGGAGGCGGCACAGGCAAGCGGGCAAACCCUUCCCUCAGGCAGUGUCUAGAUUCAUUGCUAUUGCAGGCAUUAUCGAGGAAAUUAGGUCGUUGCAGUCUAUGCGUAUAAGAUUUUACGGUCAACACAUGGAUGUGUCUGAUGAAAAAUGCUCCCACAUUAGCGCCACGACUGUGGCUCCGCCAUCACCACUGGUGAGCGUCAAACUGUGCUUUUUGAGCAAUUGAAUGAGGUCAUGAAGUUGACAAACGUGCUGCUGUUUUGAUAUAUAUAGCUUAGCCAGAAUCGAUACCUGUUCCUGUUUG